AUGCGCUUCGCUCUUCGUACCCUCUUAUGCUGCGCUGCUGUUACUGCGCUCUCCGGAGAAGAUGCUCUGAAAAGGUGGGGCGGCCCUAACGGUGAGGGUGAGGUUUCCCAUGGGGGUAACAGUGUUGGAAAUGGGAAUAGCGGCGGGAUUGACAUUAUCACCGGGGGUGGCGAUAUUGGGAAGAUCGGGGUCGGGGUUGGGGAGUCUGCUUCAUCUGGUGUUACAGUGGGUGACUUCAACGGAGAUGGCCAUCUGGAUAUCGUGACGUCGAAUGCCGGCGAUGGCACAGUGAGUGUCUUGCUCGGGACUGGAUCAGGGAGCUUCCAGACACAGGUCGCUUUCGCUGUAGGGUCUGGUCCAUCUGGUGUUGCAGUGGGUGACUUCAACGGAGAUGGCCAUCUGGAUAUCGUGACUUCGAAUACCGGCGAGAAUAACGUGAGCGUCUUACUUGGGACUUGUGUGGAUUGA